AUGGCAUCUUACAGAGGAGACGGAAAACACUGCACUUAUGUUGGACUUGGGCGAUCAUCGCUGGAUUGCCAGGACUGUUCACCAGAUGCCACCUGUGAAAAUGGAAUUUGUCAGUGCAAAGAAGGCUUCGAAGGCGACGGCUUCAAUUGUACAGAUGUGAAUGAAUGUCUUCGUACACCACAUGUUUGUGACAGAAAUGCCGAAUGUCUGAAUCGUGAAGGCUCGUUCAUUUGCACGUGCAUGACGGGAUUUGCCGGAAAUGGAUAUAACUGCACUAAAACGAAAAGAUCAUGUGCCGACAAAUUCGAUCGUGAGAUAUCAGGAAACUUGCGUGGCGAAAUUGGCGUCAGCCAAUAUACUUCUCGAGAUCUACCAGUACAAAAAACACUG